AUGUAUGGAAAAAGUGGGAGAAAGAAGGCUUUUCUAGAGAAUGGAAGCAUGCUUUUGGAGAAGUUGGUUGCUGCCUGUGAUGGCAGGCCUGUUCCCAUCCGUAGUUUCUCUUAUGCAGAGCUUAGAUCUGCAACACAUAACUGUGAUCCUCAAAUUGUUCUGCGUGCUGAAGACUACUGUAAAUGGUUCAAGGGUUCUCUUGAAGGAAGAACCAUCUCCAUCAAAAAGUACAACGGAUAUCUAAGCUCGCUCGAGUAUGUCUUCACCGACAUAGUCAUUUCUGCAAAGAUGAGAGCUCACAAGAAUGUUCAAAAGCUAAUUGGGUGUUGUCUCGAGACCCAAUUUCCCAUUUUGGUGCAUGAGUCUAUUGCAAGCGAGACUCUUGCCGAUCGAAUUCAUGCCUUUGAUAAUGAAGUUCCACGACAACAACGUCAGCCUAUGCCAUGGAGAAGGAGAUUAAGGGUUGCAAGGGACAUUGCUCAUGCAAUUUCUUAUCUCCAUACUGCCUUCGCUCGACCCAUAAUCCACAGGCGAAUAUCCGUGCAUGCUAUAGUCUUUGACCAACAUGACGUUCCCAAAUUGUCUAACUUUUUUGACUGCGUAACGAUCCCCGAGGGUGAAACCUGCGCAAGAGUUCCAUAUUCUGGGUCUUUGGGAUACCUAUGCCCAGAUUAUUUUCAUACCUCCUAUGUAACUGAGAAAACUGAUGUCUAUAGUUUUGGUAUGCUUCUGUUAGUUCUUUUAACGGGAAGAGAUGCAAUCGAUCUCCUCCACUCGGCAACAAUCGAUGAGGAAGAUACUCACUACCAUGUGGAAGAGUACAUGAGAAAUCGUCAGGUAAAUGAGAUCCUGGAUGCUGCAAUCAUGGCAAAAGCAGGAGGAACAGACAUGGAGCAACUGCAAGCAGUGCUGCAGCUGGCUCUCAUGUGCGUUGGUGUGGAUCCAAAGAUGAGGCCAACUAUGGUUGAUGUUGCGAAACAACUAAGGCAGAUUGAUAGGCUUGUCCCAUGA